CGGCAUGGUCGUGUCGCAGCAGCCGAAGGAAAGCCAUCAGGGAAAUCAGCAGAAGACUUCACUUUGAGAACUGGUCAACCGAAUCCGCAAAAACCAGCAGCAACAGAUCAACACUGCCAAUUCUUCGGUUCUUUUUUUUCCAAUUUUUUUUUGAUCUUUUUUUUCUGGUUGCUGGAAAGGACUAAUCAGUGUGCAAAAAGUUUUAAAGUGACAAAGAACAGUGCUUGUGCUAAGUUAAAAAAUAAAAGAAAAAAAUGAAAUAAAAAGGGAAGCUGAAAAGCAGAAAAGAAAAAAGAGAUUUAGAGGCGGUGAAAACUUUUUGGCGCUCUAAAGUAGGCAACCGAAAAGGCCAACUUUUCCGCUACAUCGUGCUUCACCCACCGAGACACUGCCAAUUAAAGUUGCCACACAGCAGCUGCAACAGACUCACUGCCAAAACGAAGUAGAAGAAGAGGAGCAAAUAAACUCAGAAGCCCAGAGAGAGGGGAGAAAUAAAUAAAAUAAGCGAAGAGCAAGACUUUUAGCCAGCAGCAGCAGCAGCAGCAGCUGAGUUAUAUUCGCAACAGCGAAUGGCGAAUAGCGAAUAAGUUUCCCGAAGAACUGCCACUGAAACUGCCACAGUCACUGCCACUGCCACAACAAAAAUCAAGAAGAAGAAGAAGAAGAAGGAAAGGAAGAAGAAGCAGCAGUGGAGGCAACAACAACGUGUUGCUGCCACAAAAACGCAGCAGCCGCGACGAGAGCGUCAUUUUUGCCCUUCGCACGCCUCUGUGGGGUGCCACAAAAUGCAGCACGAUAGGUUUGCAAGAAUCGCAACCAACUCUGCCCGGGCGUGUCACCGGCAACGAUUUUAUGAACCCAAUGCCGAAGUACGCUGGCAGCUCUUAGAUCUUUAAACAGGCUGAGUGGAGUGAGUAUUAGCAGAUUCACCACGCAAACCAUCAGCGCAGCGCACCACGGCAGCAGCAUGAUAACGAGGCUCUACAACACCGAGGAGGACCCCGCCUACUGCUCCUUCAUCUGGGGCGGCUCCAAUCUGACCGCCACCGCCGCCGAGGUCCUGGCGGCCAAUGCCACCUCCAUCUUCGGCACUGAUUUGCGCGACGACUUCUAUCGGGAUGUGGAGGAUCCGCGAACGGAGUCGCUGAGGGAAUACUGCUAUGGCCUGCUGUUGCCCAUCAUCUGCGCCAUGGGCAUUAUAGGCAACCUGCUCAACCUGGUGGUUCUCACCAGGCGCAAUAUGCGUGGCACGGCCUACAUUUACAUGAGGGCUUACUCCACCGCCGCCCUCCUGGCCAUCGUGUUCGCCAUCCCCUUCGGCAUCCGCAUGCUGGUCCACAAGGAUCGGGGCCAGUGGGAGGAGUUCGGACCCGCCUUCUACACCGCCCACUUGGAGCUUUACUUGGGCAACGGAUGUCUGGGCGUCGGUGUGAUGAUGUUGUUGGUGCUGACCAUCGAACGCUACGUGUCCGUCUGUCAUCCUGGAUUCGUUCGUCCGGUGAUGGGACCUCCUGGAGUUGUGGUUUUUCUCACCUGCUUGGCCACGGUGAUUGUCUAUUUGCCGAGCAUCUUUCGAGGGGAAUUGAUUAAGUGCGUGCUGCACGCAAGCGAUGUUUACGUGUAUCUGAGACGGGAUAAUACGAUCUACCAGCAGACCAUAUUCUAUCGGGUCUACAAGAUAAUGCUGGAGGUGAUCUUUAAGCUGGUGCCGACCUUGGUGAUCGGUUUCCUCAACAUGCGCAUCAUGAUGGUUUAUCGAAGGACUUGUGAGCGACGCAGGCAGAUGGUUUUGAGCCGACCCCAUGCACAUGGAUAUUUGAAGGACGACGAUCCAAGGAAGUUUGCCGAAGAGCGGCGACUGUUUUUGCUGCUUGGGAGCACUUCAAUUCUGUUCCUCGUCUGCGUAUCGCCAAUGGCCAUUCUCCACAUGACGAUCGCCUCGGAGGUCUAUCCGAGCUUCCCCUUCCAGGUGUUCCGUGCCAGCGCCAAUCUGCUGGAGCUCAUCAACUACUCGCUGACGUUCUACAUCUACUGUUUGUUUAGCGAGGACUUCCGCAAUACGUUGGUGCGCACGAUCAAGUGGCCCUGGCUGAAGGGCAAGUUCUGCCAUCAGGUUGAGCACGAGGUGAGUGCCAGUCCGCCGGCAACAGCCGGAACCGUUGCCGUGGCCGGAACUGGAACCGGAGCUGGACACGUUUCUUAUUACCAUCCGGCAAUACCGUCGCUGACUUUCACACCCGCAGAACCCGAAUACCGCCCCCCGGUAUGCCAAUGGCCUACUUCACUAAGUUGGCAAAGGGACAACACAAACAUCACAUAACGACCACCUCGGGCCUGGGACGAUCGAGUAGCAUUUAGCCAGCCCGACAUUCCGAUAACCGACUAUCGAAAUCAUCGAAACCACCACCCGUCCGCUACUCGACAUCCGAAAAUCCGAGCUCCGUGAAACCCCAAAAUCCCAAGACCCGAAAUUGGCAGAACCCCAGCGUAACAACCAUCCAAUAUUCCCCCCCAGGUCGACGAGGUGUGAGACAGACAUACCCGCACACACACGUUUUUGCUCGCUCGAGAUUCAAUGUCCGUUAACUGACGACUUACGAUAUUAGAUAAACGAUAAACGAUAAUUGAUAACCAGCGCCGCGCAUUGCGUAUAUAAAUGUCUGUGUAUGUGUGUGUUCCUGAAGCAUAUUUAGAUAUAUGUGGAUACAAUGUUUUUUUUGUAGAUCUAGGCUUAGGGAUAAAUCAAGUUAAUCGAAAGUGUAUCAACGUCACUGUGUAACGUUAUCUCCAUGAAAGUGUCGCAUUGUACUUGAUUUCAGUGUGCAGAAUUUGAUUCUAGUCGCUCCAUUGGACAGUGUUUUCACAAAAAUGCUCUUAACUACAAAAAAAUUUUGAUUUGAUCAGUUUUUAGGCCUAAAAAUAUUUGAAAGUGCUCUUGGUCAAUUCUUUAAUGAAACACUAAAAUAUUUGUAAUGAAAUAAAUUGGCUUUGGAUGUAAUUGCAAAUUUUUAAUCUAUGUUUUUGUUUUAUUUCGACAGCAACUUAGUUAAAAAAAAAUUCUUAAACUAAAACCGUAAUAUAUAAAAAAUAAAUAUAUUAUUUCAAGAGUUCAAACUUUAAUUUGGCUGGACUCAGAUUUUGGGCACCAAAAUCUAUGAAGAUCUACUAAAGAGUACUAAGAUAACAAAAUCAAGAUCAAAUGUUGUUACACAGUGAAAUCGGCAAAAAAAAAAAAUAAAAUAAAACAGCACAGCGACUAACGAUAGAUACACAACUAAAUAAAACUUGAUAUGAUAUGAUGCUCUUUUUGAUGGUUUUCUAAAAAUUAUUAUUUAAUGAUAACACAGCUUUCAAAGAGAACAUUAUAGCGUCUACGGUUUAUUUUUUGUGCAGGAAAAGAACAAACGAACGAAUAAAAUCAAAGUUUGGGAGAAGAGUCGCAUGAUCAAGAUACUUAGCCGAUACCGAAUUGAUAAUGUCGUAAUUGGAUUGCUUGUCAGAUGAUAACGAAAGAGCUCGUAUACUCUAGUUUUAGAUGAAUUUCACAGACAGAAACACAAACAACAUAAAGACGACUGACGACUGCCAAAACGACAGAACGGAUGGGACGGAAAAACAGCGAGAGAGAAGACGAUAAAUUACUGACAUACAAUACUUAUAUAUACACUUACAUAUAUCUAAAUGUGAAAGAUAUUUAUGUGACCGACGUAUUUAUGUAUACAAGCGUACGUUUAAGCGAAUAUAUUUAUAUAUGCAUAUAUGUAUCUAUUGAUUAUAGCAUUUAAGUGCGCAAGCGGAAUCCUAAUUCCAACCCGGCCCCAAGAAUCAGUUAAAGAACUAGCUAUAGAUCCCGAUCUAGAUCGAGCUCGGGAUCGGCCUGCCAUCCUGAUGAGCCCUUUCGUCUGACGAAAUUGUAUUGAAUUGUUGCGUGAAUUGAAUUGAAUUGAGAUUGAAUUGUUAAGUUAAUUAAUUGUAGUCGCACUACUAAUAGUUAUACAUUUAAUUCUAGUUAUAAUUCGAGGACUUAGUUAUCUAGUUAUUUAGUGUAAUCGAAGCGAUUUGAGGUCACCCCGCCCUUGGUUGUCAGUCUGAAAGGGGAAGUCCCCCCUCUCCUCACAAAAAAUGCACAAUCCCGUGGACUUCGGUUCCAUCUGCACACCCCAAAACCCCCCAAAAAACCCCCCUGAAAAUCCCCUUGCCCCCCCUUGCAGCACGCGUAGCCAACCUAACUAAAUGUGUGUACCUAGUAUUAAAACAAAGCAAAGCAACCGAAACUGUACGUGAUGUUUAUUUAACCUGCGCAACGAUAGCGUCAGUAGGAUGCUUCGAGAACCCAAGGCAAAGCUCUGGGUUGCAUUGCAUGAAACUAACAUUAAACCAAUAUCUAAAUGUUAACUACCCACGGAUAUCCUGGCAGUAUGUGUAGCGGCUAACCAGUUGGUUGAAUCAUUCAUAAUUCACAUUGACAGCGGCUUUAAAGCAAAUUAUCAUAAGCAAAUUUUAAAUAGAUAUCGAAGCGAUACUUUGUAUAAUGUCCACAACAAGUAUUGAAAUCCUCCUUGAACAUUUCGACCGCAAGAUGUUUUUAAACUGUUAAAAUCAUUAUAAAUCAUAAUUCAUGAAUCAUCUAUUAUUUAAUAUUUUAUUUUUUAAAUUUCUUAUUUUGUUAAUUCUUAUAAAAAUAUUCUUUAGACAUUGUUCUUUUAAAAUUCACAAGCAAUUGGUAUCAUUUAAACAAAUUCAAGUGCCCCUGAUUAUAGCUAACAGUACAAAACGCCGAUGCUUGACGAACUUUUAAGUUGCGAAUUAUACAUAAACAUUAUUAUUUGUUAUUACCAGAAAUAAGUAAUUGGCAAAGAAGAAAAUUUCACAAAAUAUAUUUUAUGCUCAUUUCGGUUUACUAAGUAAAUCACCACAUGGAACCCAAAAUUUAUUUCGAUAUUAAAAUUGUUACAUUUUUUUUUGACUAGUUAUAUUUUUUCUCCCUGAAAAGUAUUCUAUUAAAUUAACAAGCAAACAAACAGAUUGAAGCAGACCUUUUUUGCCACUCACAAACAAUUGGUAUUGGUAUUUUAGAUGAAAUGGCAAAUUAACGCACUGACAUUUUUUUUUAAGGCAGAAAUUGGCUUUUUUAUUUUUACACAGCUUUUAAUGGGCUUUGACACAUCUCAUUGAAGUUAAACUAUUUAAACUAACAAUAAACUUGUUAAGUUUUGCACCACAUAAUUCAUUUCGAUUUUAUAAUCUAGGCAAGAAACAGAGAAGAAAUUUAGAACAUUGAUAUCAAAAAAAUUCAGGCAUCUUGAGAAUUGUAUGAGUCAUUUAACUUCGAUAAAAUUAAUUCAAAUUAAAAAAAAAAUGGCUUUGCAACGAAAAACAUGUCUUAGAAAAAUGGUGAAAGAAUAAUUUAAUAGUUAACAUAUACAUACGAAUAUCGGUUGAAAAAACCUGGUUAGUACGAAAUUCUUUGAGGCUCAACAUUAGCCGUUACAAAUAAGGAAGCAUACUCGCCAGGAUAUCAAAGAAUAUCCCUGCAAUUGGCAGCUACUCAAAGGUGAAUAAUCACAUUGAAUGAACUUAGAUCUUUUUUGUUUUCGUUUUCCAGAGCUCAGCUCAAAGCCAAGAGAGAAAUUAAUAUUUAGGAAUCUAGAUGAACGAAUUGAGAAAAAAAAUAGUUAAUAGUCAGGCAACUUGUGGCAUUUAGGACACCCGAAAUCCGAACAUCCGAACAGUCAGCAUGAAAGCAAAAGCCAGAAUAUCCCGAAUACAAUGAUAAAUUAGAGCCAGAGCAACAGAUCGAGCUAAUUCAAAUAGAGCAAACAACAUCAAGCAUAACUUACCAAUACUUUCACUCCAUCUAAAGUUUUAAUCGGUGUCAAAAUGCAUUACCAAAUAAAAUUUCUGAAAUGUU